CUUGGUGGGCAAGGCUAUUUCUCUGUAUUAAUGGAGAUGUUUUAGGUGGAGAAGAUGGAAGAUCAUUAGAUCUCUCUUGGCUUUUUGUUUAACAGCACUGAUCAUGUCUUUGUUUCUCAGCCGUCUCCGCCUUGAGGUGAGAAGAUCCUCCUCUGUUUCCCUUCUUCUCUCUAAGGGCUUCUCAACUUCCUUGCGGCAAACCCCUCCUUGUUCCAUCAUGGGCGCUUUUCCUCGUGAAGACGGCGGUCUAAGAAGACUCGCAGUUGCCUAUGCUCAUAAACCUUCCGUGACUCAACUGGACAAGGUGAUACCUUUGGGGUUGGGGUUGGUGUUUAACUGUUAUGAUGAUGACGACUUGGAUGAUGAAAAAACCCUAACGAUAGGGGCAUCUCAUGGGUGGGUAGCUACUCUGAAGAAAGAUGGAAUCCUGCGUCUACAAGACGAUUUUAACCCUGUGGCAUCGGAUGCAAAUCCGAAACGUAUCCCUCUGCCUCCUCUUGUGACUCUUCCUCAUUGCCAAACCAAUAUCAUCACCAACGUGUCAAUGUCAUCAUCUUCUCCAGAGGAUGAUGAGGACUGUGUCGUGGCUGUCAAGUUCUUAGGACCUCAGCUCAGCUUUUGCAAACCAGCAGCUGGUCAGAGUAGACCGGAGUGGACAAACAUUAAGAUCGAAAACCCUUGCUUCUUCUCCUCCCGUGUCAUGUAUUCCGAGAAAGACAACAUGUUUCGCAUUCCCGGAUCUGGAGGACACCUCAUCGGGUCAUGGGACCCUUGCAAUCCCAGCGAUGACCCCAAGCUGCACAAAGUAGAGUUCCAAAACCUUCCUAAGCUUCCCAUGGCCACACGUGAGCUUAUGGAUUCGUGCUUCACGAGCGAGCACUUGGUUGAGUCAAGACCCACCGGUGAGACUUUUUUGGUUAAGCAGUACAAGAAGACAGCCAAGAACAAGGAAGGUGUUGACAUAAUGAAAACAGAAUUUUUAAUGGUGUUCAAGCUAGACGAUGAAGGAAACGCUGUCUGCAUUCAACGCAUGGGAGAUCUCAACAUGUUCCUCUCAAUGUCUGAACCUUUCUGUGUCCUUGCUUCUUCCUUUCCUGGCAUGCUCUCUAGCACCGUUCACAUCUAUGAUUAUGAUGAUAUGGGAUAUGUGUAUAUGGAUGACUUCCCCUUCCACAUCUAUAGAGUAAGUGGUCCACAUCUUGUCCCUUAUCAGAUUCCACCUCAAGAUAUCAUCGAAAACUAGUUUUGUAAUGUUGUCUUUUGUUAUAUGCCUUCUCUUUGGAGAAAUUUCUGCUUUACUACUCUCAGGGGCAAUAUUACUUUUGAACUGCUAUAUCCAAAUUAUUGUUAUCUGCUCCUUUGAAAUUAUUUUGAUCU